GUUUAUUCUUUACUGUUGUCAAGAUGUUAAAUACAAAGUGAAAGAUUUUAAAUUUCAGCUGAAAUUCGUAGCAUAAAUCAGACUUUUGUUGCGGCUAUCUAAUUAGGUUUCUCAAGGUGAUGGCGCAAAUAUUCAAGGUUGAAAGAUGGCCUUCCGCGUCUCUUGUAUAUUUCCAGUGAAGUUAUUGCGCGUAUCAAACAAAAGUCUACUUCGUUGCUCAGGACGCCAGUCUUCACAUCUGUUUGUUCACCGAGAAACCCCUGAAAAUAACUCCCAGACUCCUUUCGAAUUCACAGAUGAAAACAAAAAAAGGUUGGAUGUAAUCAUAGGAAACUACCCACCCGCACAUAAGGCUGCUGCAAUAAUUCCUGCCUUAGAUUUAGCUCAGCGACAACAUGGUUGGUUGCCGAUAUCUGCAAUGAACAAAGUUGCUGAAAUUCUUAACGUCCCAGCAAUGAGGGUAUAUGAAGUGGCUACCUUCUAUACUAUGUUUAACAGAGAACCCGUGGGAAAAUAUCAUAUUCAGAUCUGUACUACUACCCCGUGCAUGUUGGGCGGUGCAGGCUCAGAUGUUAUUUUGGAUGCCCUGAAGAAAAAUCUCGGUAUUGAACCAGGUCAAACAACAAAAGAUAAAAUGUUCACUCUGUCAGAAGUUGAAUGUCUUGGAGCUUGUGUUAACGCACCAAUGAUGCAGAUCAAUGAUGACUACUAUGAGGAUUUAACAGUUGAAGAUACAGUUCGUAUUCUCGAAGAACUAAAAGCUGGAAAAAAGCCAAAACCUGGACCACAAAGUGGACAAGGUGGACGUUUUGCAUCAGAACCAAAAGGUGGUUUAACCUCACUGACAACAGAUCCUAAAGGUCCUGGAUUCAAAGUUCGUUCGGAUUUAUAACAGCUCAACUUUAGUCAAUAUUUUCCCUUGAAUGUACCAAUACAGACACAUACACAUAUAUACUAUAAAGCGUACUUAGUGAAGUGUCUUUUUGUUCUCAUUUAAUAAUAAACCUAUUUGAUUCCUAUUUUCUUGAUUUAAGCAAAAACUCAGACUUGUACACUCUCAUUAGCCUAUUUGUACGUAAUGACAAAGACGUGAAAUAGUACAUUUUAAAAUUCGAUGUUCGUUUUGGUGUGAAACUAUGUAAGGAAUAAAUGUUAUCUCAGAUUCUCUGCUAAUCUCAUUAUAAAACGAUACGUACACUUUGAGUUGUAUAGAUCCAGUUGUUAGAUUGCAAGCAAGAAGUCGUGACAGCUGGAUCUCGGCACCUGAGUGAGUACAUCAUUGUAAAUUAUAAUCAGCGCUUAUCACUUGACUUUGUGAUAUCGUCAGCGAAGCUAGUUAACAAUUUCUGUUAAGAAAUUUAAAGACAUU